AUGAGUCAGGAUGUAAAACGAGGUCGAAAAAUCCUUUUAUUUAAAACGCCUUUCCGCGUACUCGAUUAUAGAGUCCUUCUUAUGACUCUCAGUGAGCCUUCAUUCAAAACCAAAGAUGAAGCUAAAGACUUCUUGAAGUGUUUGUGCAAUCAAGAACUUACUGUCCACGUAUCGGAUGGUCGAAGAUAUAUUGGAAGCUUUUGGUGCACAGAUAAUGUUGGAAAUAUUGUAAUGGGUUCGUGUACAGAGUAUCCGGCACCUGAUUCAGCAUCCGACAAUUCGCUAAGAGAUUUCACCACUGUUGUUAUCCCUGGACAGCACAUAAUAAAAAUUGAAUGUGAUAGUCGUUUGCUAACAAAUUGA